AUGAACCAGCAUUCACCAAAGCCUGGGCCAGUCUUGCGACCGGUCAACAAUCAACAAGGCCAGCCAACGCUGCAAGGCUUGCGCCAACGGGCCAGACGCACACAACCUGCCACACAAAUUGCCAUCGCGACCGUCUUCCACCUCCCAUGCACUCCCCCUCACCACCCUGGUCCCUUUUCCUUCAGCGGUGUGGAGCAGCGUAACAUCGUCUUGAUCUCUAUUUUGUCACUGUCUCUGGCCGUGCGCAAGCAAUGGACGGCACGCCGCGAGCAGGGUACCCCCUUGUCUCCCAUACGAUGUAAUACAUGUAAUAUCACGCUUGGCUCUAUUGGGAGUGUUGCAGAGGAGAAACAGACCCCACCCGUGCCGCUACAACUUAGCUGUGCCCAUUUUGUGAGGCGUCGUACGGAGUUCGUUUUAGUGUCUUGA